AAAAAGCUAAUGCAUCAUUUGGGGAUCAGUUUAGAAGACUCAGAGACUAUGGAGCUGAAUGUUUGAGGUCCAAUCCAGGGAGCACCAUCAUUGUUAAAACACAGAGGGUGACAGAAGAUGGUCCUGAGGUUUUUCAACGAAUGUAUGUUUGUUUUGGAGCUUUAAAAAGGGGGGUUUUAUCAGGUUGUCGCCAAAUCAUUGGCUUAGAUGGAAGUUUUCUUAAAGGGAUGCUCAAAGGUGAAAUAUUAAGUGCUGUGGGUAGGGAUGCUAAUAAUGAAAUGUACCCUAUAGCAUGGGCCGUUGUGGAGAUCGAAAACACUGAUUCGUGGAAGUGGUUUCUAGAGUUGCUGAAAGAAGAUAUUGACAUCAACAAUACAUAUCAUUGGACUGAUGAGUGAUCAGCAGAAGUUUGCAGGGCUUAGUGAAGGUCAUAAAGGAAGUCUUUCCAAAUUCUGAGCAUAGAAAUUGUUGUAGGCAUAUACAUGCAAAUUGGAGUAAGAAGCAUAGGGGAAAAGUGCUGAAAAAACAUUUUUGGUUUUGUGCGAGAAGCACAACUCAAGCUCAUUUUGAAGAACAAAUGAAAGCGUUGUUGAAAGUUGAUGCUACAGCAAAGUGUGAUUUAGAACUCUAUGACCCUCAUCAGUGGUGCAAAGCGUAUUUCAGAACUGAAGUCAAAUGUGAUAUCCUAGACAACAACCUGUCUGAAGCUUUUAAUAACACAAUCAGAAAAGCUAGGUGCAAGCCAAUAAUUCCUAUGUUAGAAGACAUUCGAACUGCCACAAUGAAGCGGAUUGCUAAAAAGGUGAAGUUUGUGAGCGGAUGGGCUUCCAGGCAUGGACCUAGAAUAUUGAAAAAGUUAAAUGCCAACACAUAUCAAAGCAUGGGCUGGAAGGUUAGUGUGUGAAUUCAGUUGGUGUAUCAUAUAUAUUUAAUAUGUUAUUAAUGGAUGAUGUUUCAUAACAAGUCAUUUUUAAUGGUGAUGAUGGGUAUGAGGUUAAACGUGGGAGCCAUCAGUAUCAAGUCAGGCUAGAAGCAAGAAGCUGCUCAUGUAGAGCUUGGGAAUUGAGUGGAAUUCCUUGCCCACACGCUGUGUGUGCAAUUUUCGACAAAGGUGGGGAUUCGGAGGAUUAUGUCGACCCUUUCUAUUCAAAGGAGGUGUACCAGAGAAUAUAUUCUUAUCAUCUUCAACCAAUGAACGGGGAGUUGUUGUGGGCUAGGACACAAAAUAAUGAUAUCGCACCUCCGAUUCCCAAAAAGAUGUCUGGCAGACCCAAGAGAAAGAGAAAACGGGAACCAAGCGAAGGAUUAGGGUCUCAAAAAGGAAGGACAACGAUCUCAAGAAAAGGAAGAGUCAUGAGUUGUUCGAUAUGUAAACAAGCAGGACAUAACAAAGCAAAAUGCCCUAAUAAGACCUCAGAUACACAUGAGACAUCCACAGAACCUGCAAAGACAACAAGGACCGUCAAAGAAGCAUCUGCCAAUCUGAAAAAGAAACGAAGAACUGAAACUAAAGCACCAAAGACCCCACCUGAUGUAGGACCAUCUAGUGCAGCCCUUUAGUUGUGUUUAGUAGUAAUAUAUGUCACAGGACAUUAAUGUACUUGUUUUUGUCAGGCAAUGACUCUGCCUUUUCUGAUUUUUGCUAUGUUAGUGG